AUACGCGCCGGCACGCCAUCCCUUUCCCAAUCGCUAUAUAAAUAUCCCGAAUUGUGUCUUCCAUUCCCAUUCCCUGACAGCUGGUUGCGACGACCUCAGUGGAUUCCAAUUCUGCAAGUCCAAUCCGCCCAUUCGAUUUCAGUUUCGCUGAUAUGGGAAAUUUAUUGGGCUGUGUUCAAGUGGACCAAUCCACUGUUGCCAUUAAGGAGCGAUUCGGAAAAUUCACGGAUGUCUUAGAGCCCGGCUGCCAUUGUUUACCUUGGUGUCUCGGAAGCCAGCUGGCCGGCCAUCUCUCGCUCCGCCUGCAGCAGUUAGAUGUUCGUUGCGAGACCAAGACAAAGGACAAUGUGUUCGUCAAUGUUGUUGCUUCGGUGCAGUACCGUGCCCUUGCUGAUAAAGCGAGCGACGCUUUUUACAAACUUAGCAACACUAGAACCCAAAUUCAGGCCUAUGUCUUCGAUGUGAUAAGAGCCAGCGUUCCGAAACUCAACCUUGAUGAUGCUUUUGAGCAGAAGAAUGAAAUUGCUAAGGCUGUCGAGGACGAACUUGAGAAGGCCAUGUCGGCUUAUGGAUACGAAAUUGUUCAGACACUGAUUGUUGACAUAGAACCAGACGAACAUGUCAAGAGGGCGAUGAAUGAAAUUAAUGCUGCUGCAAGGCUGAGAGUGGCGGCUAAUGAAAAAGCCGAGGCUGAAAAGAUUUUACAAAUCAAGAGAGCCGAGGGAGAAGCAGAGGCUAAACACCUCUCGGGCUUGGGCAUUGCUCGUCAGCGUCAAGCAAUUGUGGAUGGAUUGAGAGACAGCGUGCUCGGGUUUUCGGUUAAUGUUCCGGGGACCACUGCAAAAGAUGUCAUGGAUAUGGUUCUCGUCACUCAAUACUUCGACACAAUGAAAGAGAUCGGGGCCUCUUCCAAGUCUUCUUCUGUCUUCAUCCCUCAUGGCCCCGGCGCUGUCCGCGAUGUCGCCAGUCAGAUCCGCGACGGACUUCUCCAGGCUUCCCAGCAUUGAUUGCUCCUGUUGUUUCACUCUCCUCCGGUUGGAAUAAGGUGUGUCUAUACUUUUGAUAUUUCUUUGUGUUCUUCGAUUCUGCCGAGUGAUAUAUAUACAUGUGUGUAAAAUAUAUAGAUUAUUUUGUUGUGCUGUUGAAGAAAUCUUGUGAAAUAUAUUGCUAUGUUUGUCGAAAAACUGUACAUUGUUUCUCAAUUGUUGUGAAAAUGUUUUUUUUUUCGAGAUUUUUUUGAAUAUUUGGAAUGUUUGUUGUAUACAAGUCGAAGUUAUUACGUUUGUUUUUAUCGAUUAUUA